AUGCGGUGUUUUAUUUUGACCGUGCUCUGCACCAUCCUGUUGCUGGGGACGAUAUCAUCGGCUUGGCCAUGGCGGCCCUAUGGAGCACUUCUGGGUGCCUCCUUGGAUAAGCGAGCAGACACCACAGAUGCAACAACCGCUCAAACCUCUGAAUCUACCACGGAAGCCUCCACAGCCCCCAAGACUUCUACCGGAACCACCACCGGAACAAACACCGAUACCAACACCGACACCAACACCGACACCAAAACAGGCACUGCAACCGAUUCCGGGACGACCGGCACAGCAACUGGCACGAAGACGGGAAAAAGCAAGACUACCGCCACAUCCUCAAUCUCCAUUGACCCUGCUGCCGCUGCUGGCGGUGUGUCCAUGAUCACCCCCGUUUCCUCGUCCACGACCUACUACAAGAUCGGCGAGGACGUGACAUUUGUGUGGAACUACACCUCCCUGUCGGUCACGCCAUCUGCAGUCAACGUCGUGGCUUCAUGCAGUCUCAACUCGAUGACAUACACGCUCAGCUCCAACAUGAGCGUGAAGCAAACCGGAAGCGUUGUGUGGGAUACCGGAAAGUACCAGAAGUCGGCUACCAUUCCGUUGCUUACCGCAUCGUAUACUCUGAUCGUCUACGAUGCUAGCAAGGACAUCGACGACACCGCGAGCGCAGGAUACUUGAGCUCGCAGAACGGUGGUUACGUCUUCGGGAUGUACACCCCCCAGCCUUACACCCCACUUAAUCAAUUCAAGUGUGCCACCUGCAGUGGCGCCCUGUCCGAAACCAGUCGCCUGGCCAUCAAAUUUACCGUCGGCAUGGCCGUGAUCACCUUCGCUUCGUUCACCUGGUUUGCGGGCAGCGCUGGCGUUCUCACCACGUGAAAAGCACUCACUCGGUGGACUCGCAUUGACUUAUCAUGAACAUAUUUUUUCCAUUUUGGGGCGUUGCAUUGUUGAAGCGAUCUGGAUUCACGAUAAUAGCAAGAAAGCGGCGUUGCGCGAUACUUUUUAUUUAUAUUUGUAUACUUUUUGCAUUUUAUC